GCCGUCUUCGCCGGCGACUGUGUGCGCUCGUACACUAUCAAGGAAGGUGAUAUCUGUGAUGCUAUCUCUGGCGCCAAUAAUGUCUCCACGUAUCAGUUGGCAGUCAUCAACAAUGGUGUGAUCAACAGCGCAUGCUCCGACCUGACCCCUGGCAAAUCUAUUUGCCUUGGGUAUGAGGGCGAGGAUUGCAACACGACUUACGUGGUGAAGGCGGACGAUACUUGCGAUGGGUUGAGCUCGGUUGCGGGCAUCAAUUCCACCAUGCUGUUCCUGAAUAACCCCCAGAUUGAUGCCGAAUGCGGAAAUCUUUAUAUUGGCGAGGUCCUUUGCGUCUCCAAGACUGUGCAAGUCCCGCCGGCGCCUGUGAAUGGGUUGAAGCCCGCAGUGACGAUCCCCGCUACUGCAACUCCCGCCAUA